CUCUCUCGCGCGCGCGCCAACGCUGGCUCGUGCCCGUGCCCGUGCCAGCCAUGUCGUCGUCAGCAGCCCGCGCGCUCUCGCCGGCGCCCCCUUCCCCGCGCCGCGUGCGGCCCGCGAGGUGCGCGGGGUUCGUGGGCCCGGCGGUGGAGUCGGCGUCCCCGGGCGCGAGGGCGGCGACGCUCGCCAGCAGCCGCGGCGGGACCGACUCGUCGCUGGCCAUCUGCCGGGUGCUCAACGGCAUGUGGCAGACCAGCGGCGGGUGGGGCCGCAUCGACCGCGCCGACGCCGUCGACGCCAUGCUCGCCUACGCCGACGCCGGCCUCUCCACCUUCGACAUGGCCGACCACUAUGGACCGGCGGAGGAUUUAUACGGCAUGUUCAUCAACAAAGUUCGGCGCGAGCGCCCGCCGGAGAUGCUAGAAGAAGUCAGGGGGCUUACAAAGUGGGUGCCGCCACCUGUUAAGAUGACAAGAAGCUUUGUUGAGGAGAACAUCAACAGGUCCCGGAAGAGGAUGGAUGUCGCUGCCUUGGACAUGCUGCAGUUCCAUUGGUGGGACUACGCAAAUCCCGGAUAUCUAGAUGCACUAAAGCACAUCACCGACCUCAAGGAGGAAGGCAAGAUAAAGACUGUAGCUCUGACGAACUUCGAUACAGAGAGGCUGCAAAUAAUCCUAGAAAAUGGAAUACCAAUUGUCAGCAACCAGGUUCAACAUUCUAUUGUGGAUAUGCGCCCGCAGAAAAAGAUGGCAGAGCUUUGUGAGCUUACCGGAGUCAAGCUUAUCACGUAUGGCACGGUGAUGGGUGGCCUAUUGUCCGAGAAGUUCCUCGACACCAACAUCAACAUACCUUUUGCUGGACCUCCUCUGAAUACCCCAUCCCUGCAGAAGUAUAAGAGGAUGAUCGACGCUUGGGGUGGCUGGAGCCUGUUCCAGGCUCUGCUCCAGACCUUGAAGAAGGUGUCACUGAAACACGGCAUCCCGAUCUCAACUGUCGCUGUACGAUACAUACUGAACCAGACAUCGGUGGCUGGUUCAAUGGUGGGCGUGAGGCUGGGUCUGUCGGAGCACAUCAGGGACACCAACGCCAUCCUGUCGCUGCUGCUGGACGAGGAGGACAUGGGCAGCAUCACCGAGGCGUCGCAGCGGGGCAGGAACCUGAUGGAGGUCAUCGGAGACUGCGGCGACGAGUACAGAGCCUAGUGACUUUCACAUGGCCGGGGAUCGAGUCUCGAUCCUCGAUCCCCCCAGCAUGUGCUCCCACAACGAUACAUAACAUACCACCUUAACAAAUGAGAGUGACAAUCAUGGAGAGGAAAAACUUUCAGUGGCAUGGAGACAGAUAGACAGAGAGACAAGGAGGAUCAUGUGCUCCACCGAAAGCAGCGGCGAAUGUGGUGGUGGAUAGAUCUCCCUGGCCAACAGGGAGCAUAUCCCGGCCUUGGAGACCGAUCUGAUCAUGGCAUAAUAUUGUAUUUCAAUUCUAGUAGUAUAAAAUUGUUGGAAUCAUGGUGUUGGUGGUGAUGCUUGCCGUGCAAAUUGUUAUUAGUUGCUCCUCUGUUUGGGAAUAUACGAGGAUCUGCGCAAUGAGAUAUGGUCGACAAUACUGCGAAAUUUGACCAUUGUUCUUCGUUAAAAAUGUGUAUGUACAGAAAUAUUAAAGCAAACAAUGGUGUUUUCAUGGUACCUGUCAUUAAUGAAAAAAAGAAGAAGCUAUUUUUAUUGAUA